AUGAACCAACCAAUAACAACAACAACAAUAAAUAAUCCUCAACAACAACAACAACAAAACCAUCAUAAUAAACCACAAAUUAAAAUUUAUCCAAGUAAAUUACAUAAGGAUAAUAAAGGUGCAAUUGAUUGGAGUUGGCAAAAUUUGAUAGCAUAUGGAUGUCAUUCACAUGUUGUUAUUUUAGAUCCAUUCCAUUUACAAGUUUUACAAACAUUAGAUGAACAUCGAUAUUUUGUAUCAAUUGUUAAAUGGUCAAAUGAUAUUUCACCUUCAACAUCAUUCUUAUUAUCAAAUAAAGAGGAGAUAAAUAAUAGCAAUAACAAUAACAAUAGUAAUAAUAACAAUCUUUCAGCACCAUCAUCACCAUCAAGUAAUAGUAGUAAUAGUAAUAAUAAUAAUAAUAAUAAUAAUUUAGUAAGAUUAGCAACAGCAGAUAUCAAUGGACAUAUUAUAAUAUGGAAUGUAUUAGAUGCACAAGUUUUAUUAUAUUUACCAAAUACUGAAUCAAAUCAUAGAUCAUCAAUAAGUGAUUUAUGUUGGCAUCCACAUGACCCGGAUUUAUUAUUAUCAUUACAUACUGGUUAUCUAAGUCUUUGGAAUGUUUCAAAUGGUCAACGUAUUUGGAAACGUGAUAUUCCAGAUGGAUUCAGUGGUUAUUCAAUUCAAUUUGAUCCAUUUAAAAAUAAUCGUAUAUUCAUUUCAACAAAUUUCGGUUGCAUUUAUUCAAUUGAUGAUUUAUCACAACAUCAAUUACCUUUAUUAGAUUUUAAAUAUAGAAUAUCUUGUAAAAAUAAUCAACCAAUUUUAAAUAAUGAUUUACAACAAUUAUCAAAUCAAUGGUUAUUAUAUAAUAAUAAUAACAAUAAUAAUAAUAACAAUACUAAUAAUAAUAAUACUAAUAAUAAUAAUAAUAAUAGCGGUAAUAAUAAUAAUAAUAUAAAUUCAAAUCAAAAUAAUUUAAAUAAUUCAAAUCAAAAUAAUUUAAAUAAUUUAAAUCAAAAUAAUUCAAAUUUAAAUUUACAUUUAGAUUUUUUAGAAAUGAAAUUUUCAUUAUUUAAUAAAAAUUUAAUUUAUUAUGUUUUACAAAGAGAAAUAUUUAUUUAUGAUUCAAAUACAUCACAAUUAUUUGGUAGUUUAAUAUUGGAUAGAAAUAAAUCAAACUUUGUGAAAAUAUUAUUAUGUAAAGAUAAUUCAAAUUUAAUGUUUUCAUUACAUGAUGAUGGUAGUAUUACAAGUUGGAAUAAAAGAAUAAUUGAUAAUAGUACCAAUAAUACCAAUAAUGGAGUAAUGUUUAGUUAUGAUCAAAUUUGUAUAUCAGAUUUAUCACAUUAUCAAAAGAAAAGUAAAAAAAAGAAUAAUCAACAAAUUAUUUAUUCAUUUAUGAAUAGUCCAUUAUUUGAACAAACUUGUAUUUCAAUUUCUGGUGAUGGUUGUUGUUUGAAAUGGGAUUUCAUUUCAGAGAUUAGUAGUAAUGGUUCAAUGAGUAUUUAUCAACCAAGAUUACAUCAGCUAUCAACCAAGCCAUUGAAUGGUGUAAUUAAAUUAGCAGUUUCAGGAUUUAAUGAAACAUUGUCAUCACCAAAUACUUCACUAUCGGUUUAUCCAUUUCAUAAUAGAUCAGGUAUAUCAUUGAUUGCAAUUGGUACGGUACAUGGAACUAUUCAAAUUGUUAAUAUGUCAACUUUUAAAGUUCAAAAAGAAAUUUACAUUUGGCCAAGACCAAUCUAUGGUAUACGUUGGUUAUCACCUGGUAGAGUUUUAUGUUUUUCAUUUGAGGAACAUGAUAAAGGAAACUAUUUAAAUUAUAUUACAUCUGUUGAUUUUAGAUCAGGCAGAAUCAAAGAAUUUAGAAAAGUUAGUGGUAGUGAACCAUCACCAAUCAGAGGUAUAAGAUUAUCAUUCUCUAGAAAGUUUUUGGUGGUUCUUUUAAAAGAUAGACCAUUUGAACUAUGGGAAACUAAAAGAUUUACAUUGUUAAGAUCUUUUAAACCAUUUGUUCAUAUAGUCGGUUUGGAAUGGUUACCACCAAAAGAUGAUAGUGAAGUAGAGUUAUCAUCGGAAUUCACUCGUUAUGAAGCAAAAGAACAAUUCACUUUUCUCCUUCAAGAUGGUACUGUUAAAAGUUGUACAAUCGAAUCAAACUCUGUAACUUUACAAGAUGUUCAUGCUGAUUUAGGUCCAAUUCAAAGUAGUUUAGCAAGUAAAAGAGAAUUCUUAGUCAGUGGUGACAUAAGUGGCACAAUUCAUUCUUGGAAUUUAAUUAAAAAGAAACUUCAUACAUUUUCCACUCAUCGUGGUCCAAUUAAAAAAAUUAGAUUCUCACCGAAUCCACAAUCCUCUGAAAUUAUGGUAUUGUUUAUUAAUGGUGAAUUUGGUAUUUGGGAUUUAAAUUUAAAUCAACGUACUGCCGUUGGUACCUAUCUAUUGGAACGUGAUAUUAAAGCCAUCGAUUUCGAAUGGUUAACCGAAUCAUCACCAAUCAUCGUUGGUGCUGAUAAUAGUAUUAGAGUUUUAGAUUUAUCAUUAAGUGUUACAAAUUCAAAAUUUCAUUUCUCAAGUGCAUUAGCCCAAUCGAUAUACUCUCAAGAUCAUAUGGCAAGUGGUGGCGGUGGUGGUUUUACAAAUAGUAAUGGUGGUUAUCUUUAUUCUCCAAUUUUAUUACCAACCAUUCAAUGGUUACAAUUAAAGAAUUUACUUUUAAAUUAUAGAAUUCUCUUAUUUUCAAACUUUUUAAAUGGUAUCAAUUCAAUCAAUGAUCAAGAUCUUAAUCGUUCCUAUGAUAGCUCUUAUAUCAUUAAAGAUAAUAGUGAAAAAAAUUCAAAAUUAUUAUCAUUUGUUGAUGAAAAAUUAUUAUCAAUAAUUACUCCAAUUAAUUCCGAAUCAUGUGAUGAUGACGAUGAUGGUAAUAAUAAUAAUAAUAAUAAUGAUGAUGAUGAUGCUUCCUCAUCUUUUAUUUAUAAAUGCAAUGGUUCAAGUUUGGCAGAAUCAAAUCUUUCAAUCUCUCAAUAUUUUGGUGAUUAUAAAGAAAUGGAAUUUUGGAGAAUUUGUAUUUCCUCCUUAUCAAAAUUUAAAAGAGAUAAUAAUAAUUCAAUAAAAUCUUCAUCUUUUUAUAAUAAUGAUUUAAUUGAAUAUUAUCAAUCAUUACCAUGUUUACCAACAAUUCCAAUGGUUAAUGAUAAUAAUCAACAACAACAACAAAGUACAACAACUAAUAUAACAGCACAAACUAUUACAACUAAUAAUAAUAGUAAUAAUAGUAAUAAUAUCAAUAACAAUAGCAAUAAUAAUAAUAAUACUAAUAUCAAUAAUAAUAAUAAUAAUAAUAAUAAUAAUAAUAAUAAUAAUAAUAAUAAUAAUAAUAAUAAUAAUAAUAAUAAUAAUAAUAAUAAUAAUAAUAAUAAUAAUAAUAAUAAUAAUACUAAUAAUAAUAUAACACCAACAUUAAUUUCAGCAUCACAAAAUAAUAUAAGUAUUUCACCAACUAUAACUCCCAGUUCACCAAGUACGACCUCAACCACAACUACAAAUAAUACUAAUACUACAAAUACCGCAACAAAUAUAUUGAAAAAGCCAUUGGCUUCAUUUUUUGGAUUUGGUCAAAAGAGUACACCAACAACACCAACACAAACACAAACACCAACAACACCAUCACCAUCACCAUCACCAUCAAAUAUUGUAACACCAACUAUUGUUACCACUCCAGUGAUUAAUCAAUCUUCCAAUUCUUUUACAGUUUCUCCACCUGUAACUCCUUCUAAAACAAGUAUUUUAUCUUCUUCUACUUCUUCUUUAUUCCCACUUUUAUCAAGUCAAUUCCAACAACUUCAACAACAUAAUCAACCUUCCCAACAACAACAAACACAACCACAACCACAACAACAACAACAACAACAACAACAACAACAACCAACAACAACAACAACAAUCACAACAACAACAACAACAACAACAACACAAAAUCAAUCAAACCCAUUAUCACGAUCAUACUCAUCAGUUGCAUCACAAUUAAAUCAAUCAGUUGAUAUUGUAAAUUCAAAUGGUUCAAAUACACCAUUAUGUUUUUCAACAAAUACUAAUAGUGGUGGAGAUGAUGAUAAUAACAAUAGUUUACCAAAUUACUAUGACGUUUUAUUAGAACCAAAUUGUUUAAGAUCUUUAGAAUUGGAUAGAGCAGAUUCUUAUGAAAAAAAGAAACCAGAUUAUGAUUUAACAAAAAAAUUAAUUUCAAAGAAUAUUUUAUUUGGUAGAAAUACAAAAGCUGUAAGUUUAUUAUUGGACACUACACCAGAUCAUCCAGAUUUCUUUGAUCGUGCUAUGAAAGCAUGUGUUAUCUCUGCAUCAAUCUCUACAGAAUAUUAUCAAAACACUACAAAAUUGAUUGCCGAUAAUUUAAUUGCCGUUGGUAAAUUGGAUGAAGGUGUUCAAUUUUUAUGUUUAAUCGGUAAAACUAUGGAAGCAUGUAAAUAUUUGCAAUCUUGUGAUCGUUGGUAUGAAGCUGCCAUUCUAUCGAAAUCUAACCUCUCUGAAGAAGAAUAUUUUGUUGUGUUUAGAGCUUGGGUUAUCCAUUUAUUGGAGACAUCUGGUAUUGGUUUAAAUAAUCAAGGAAACAAACAAUCAAAACCACAAAAUAUUAGCCAAUCCAUUAGUUUACUUUUAUCAAUUGGUGAUUUCAAAAGUGUAAUUCAAAUCCUAUAUGAAACUCAACAAUGUGAUAUCGCUUCACUUUUAAUUGAUUGUUGUUUAGAAAAUAAUAUUUUCAAAAUUCCAAAUUUUGAUACAGACGAUCAAAGUUCUCAAGAAAAUGAUAUGACAACUUCAAUUUCUAUUUAUUCAACCAAUCAAAAUAAUAAUAAUAAUAACAAUAAUAACUCACCAAAUUCUUUAAAUAAUUCAGCUGGUAUAUCCUUUAAAUUUAAUCAACUAAUCCAAGUUAUUUUUAAAGAAUAUGGAAAUGUAUUGCACCAAUUAGGUAAUGACCAUUCUGCUAAUUAUUUUUGGAAAAAAGCUGGAAGAAAAUUUUAA